CAAAGGGAGAGGAGAUGAUGCAGUGGAGAGAGAGGAGAGCAUGUGAAGAAGAAAAACAAAAAAGCGUGAAGCUUUCUUUUUGAUAUCUCCUCCUCCUCCUCCUUUGUCUCCGAUAGAUUUCGCCGGGCGAUGGCGGUGGAAUCCUUAGAAACGGAGAUUGACACGGCGGUGCGUGUCGUUCACCUCGCUUCUUCUCUAUGUGUUAAAGUUCAAGAGAAGCUUCAUCUUCCUAACGGUGGCCACGUCACGUCUAAAGACGAUGAUUCCCCUGUCACUGUCGCAGAUUUUGGUGUUCAAGCAAUUGUGAGUUGGGUUUUAGCUGAAGUUUUUGGUGAUCAAAACCUUUCAAUUGUCGCUGAAGAAGACACUGAGGCACUCUCAGAGGCUAGUUCUUUAGGACUAUUAGGAGCUGUCUCGAAUGCGGUUAACGAAGCGUUGUCUGAAGCUCCCAAAUACGGGCUUCCGAAGCCAGUUAAACCAUUGGGAUCGAGUGAGAUUCUCAAGGCUAUUAGUAGAUGUAACUCUGUUGGAGGUCCUAAAGGAAGGCAUUGGGUGCUUGAUCCUGUCGAUGGAACGUUAGGAUUUGUUCGUGGUGAUCAGUACGCUGUUGCGUUAGCUUUGAUAGAGAAUGGUAAAGUUCUGUUAGGUGUUCUUGGAUGUCCUAAUUAUCCGGUUAAGAAAGAAUGUUUGAGUAACGGUGGUAACCAAGCUAUGAAGACGAAAGCUGUAGCUGGAUCGGUAUCGAAAGGAUGUGUCAUGUAUGCUAAGAAAGGAAGUGGUCAAGCGUGGAUGCAACCGUUAAUAGCUGGAGGGUUCCCUGAAUCUGCUACACUACUUAAGGUUUCUUCAGUCGAUGAUCCGGUUUUAGCUACGGUUUGUGAGCCAGUUGAGAGAGCUAACUCAAAUCACUUGUUCACUGCGGGACUUGCUAAUAGCAUGGGAGUUAGAAAACAGCCAUUGAGAGUGUAUAGCAUGGUGAAAUACGCAGCGAUUGCGCGUGGAGACGCUGAAGUGUUUAUGAAGUUUGCACAGUCUAGUUACAAAGAGAAGAUAUGGGAUCACGCAGCUGGAGUUGUUAUUGUGGAAGAAGCUGGUGGUGUGGUGACUGAUGCGGGAGGGAGAAACUUAGACUUCUCGAAAGGGGUUUACUUGGAAGGUCUUGACCGAGGAAUCAUCGCGUGUUCUGGUCAAGUUUUACAUGAGAAGAUCAUAGGUGCUGUUUAUGCUAGUUGGGAAUCUUCCAGUCUUUGAAAAAAGCUUUAUCCAUAAUCCUCACUUGGUGGAGUAUCAUCGAGCCAACGUUUUAAAAGCAAAGGGGAGGAAGGGGCCACGCGGUAAACCACGAUUUACAAUGUGGAGACGUAAAUAGUCGAGUAAGCAGCGGUAAAAGUAAGAAUCUAUUUAUUUAAUGGAUGAUAUAUAAAUUAUUUUUAUCUUCGUCCUGUAAUUUUUCUCCUCUUCGAAACGCCGAUUAUGCAUGUUGUUUUAUGACAAAAGACAAAUUACUAAACAGACUGUACCUCAUGAUAUUUCAAUGGAGAUGAACCCAAAUUGUCUCUCAAAUUAAAGAUUUUGAGAUGUUCAUUA